UUUUCACUAAAGCGCAACUGGAGAAUAUGUCUGAUUAUGAGAAAAGACACCUUCAAAAUUUGCGUCGGAAUUAUGAAGCUAUGUUAAUGCUUGGUUUACGUCCCAUUAAACCAAAUUUUAUGGAGUCAAAAAGACAUCAAUUAAAAAAGAAUCAAGAAACUGUAAACCAUGAUGACGAUGACGAUGAUGUUGAAUGGCUCCCAAGUUACAAAAAGAAAAGACAGCGACCAGUUUUCAGAUUACCAAUUGCGCGUUCAGUACCCAAUAGACCAAAACAAAUAGUAAAAACUAUUAAACCAGAAAAAACUAAAGUAAGUAACAUCAUGUUUCCUAUGAAAUUAAGGAAAAGACCUGAAAAUUCCACUUCUUUAGAAGUACCAUCUGACGAUAGCUUUAUUUAUUGUGAAGACUGCAAUGAAGAGUAUACUGGCGACUGUCCUAAUCAUGGCCCACUCCUUGUGGUUUCAGAUAAUAAGGUUGCUAAAGGAUCUCCGAAUCGAGCCAAAUUAACUGCUCCACCUUGUGUGUCUAUCACAAAAUCAAAAAUCCCAGGAGCUGGUCUUGGAGCUAUUGCACUUGUUACAAUUCAUGCUAGAAGCAGGUUCGGCCCUUAUGAAGGAAAAGUUAUCGAUGAUCAGGAUGAAGCUCAUAUUUCUGGUUACAGUUGGCAGAUUAAUACUUAUGGAAAAUCUACCUAUUUUGUUGAUGCAAUGAAUGUGACAAUUUCUAAUUGGAUGCGAUAUGUAAACUGUGCAAGGACCGAAGAGGAACAGAAUUUAAAUGCUUUUCAGUACAAUGGUAAUAUUUACUAUAGAACAUUAAGAAACAUUGUUCCUGGUGAAGAAUUACUUGUUUGGUAUGGAGAAGAAUAUGCCAAAGAUCUUGGUAUCUCACACUGUGAACAACUGAAAGCAAAGACUGUGUCCACUGUUGGAGCACAGUUAUCAGAAACAAUCAGUUCUGCAGAUAAAUGUCAUUCUUCAAAUUCACGGAUUGAUACAUUUCCUGACAGUACCAAAAUGCUUGAAGGCUUGGAACAACAUAGAAUUAAUUUGUCACCAGAAAAUAAUAAAAUACAAACACAGUCUAUUAAGAGUGACACAAACUGUAUAAGGGAUCAUUUAUUGAAUUGUAGUAAUGUGAAUUCCAAAGAGAAACCAUUUCGAUGUGAGGACUUUGGAAAGACAUUCUCUGACUCUACUAUAUUCAAAGAACACAAGGAAAUGAAUUCUGGAGAGAAAGCAUUGCAGAGUAAGGGUUUCGGAAAGAAAUUUUCUGACUCUAGUAUAUUCAAAGAACACAAGGAAAUGAAUUCUGGAGAGAAAGCAUUCCAGAGUAAGGAUUUCGGGAAGAAAUCUUCUGACUGUAGUAUAUUCAAAGAACACAAGGAAAUGCAACCUGGAGAAAAAGCAUUCCAGAGUAAGGAUUUCGGGAAGAAAUUCACUGAAUCUAGUGACUUAGGUAAACAAGUGAGAACAAACAACGGAGGGAAACGAUUUCACUGUAAAAACUGUGGGAAAUCGUUUUAUCAGUCUGCUAACUUAACAAUGCAUGAAAGAACACACACUGGAGAGAAACCAUUUCACUGUAAAAUAUGUGCGAAAUCGUUUGCUGUUUCUUGUAACUUAACAAACCAUGAAAGAACACACACAGGAGAGAAACCAUUUCGUUGUAAAAACUGUGGGAAGGCGUUCUCUCGUUCUAGUGUCUUAACAAACCAUGAAAGAACACAUACAGGAGAGAAACCAUUUCAUUGUAAAAACUGUGGGAAGGCGUUCUCUCGUUCUAGUGUCUUAACAAACCAUGAAAGAACACAUACAGGAGAGAAACCAUUUCAUUGUAAAAACUGUGGGAAGGCGUUCUCUCGUUCUAGUGUCUUAACAAACCAUGAAAGAACACAUACAGGAGAGAAACCAUUUCAUUGUAAAACAUGUGGGAAGGCGUUUUAUCAGUCUGCUAACUUAACAAUGCAUGAAAGAACACACACUGGAGAGAAACCAUUUCACUGUAAAACAUGUGGGAAGGCGUUUUAUCAGUCUGCUAACUUAACAAUGCAUGAAAGAACACACACUGGAGAGAAACCAUUUCACUGUAAAACAUGUGGGAAGGUGUUUGCUCAAUCUCGUGAUUUAAAAAGACACGAACGCAUUCAUACAGGAGAGAAACCAUUUCACUGUAAAACAUGUGGGAAAUCGUUUUCUUGGACUUCUAUCUUAAAAACACACGAACGCGUUCAUACUGGAGAGAAACCAUUUCACUGUAAAACAUGUGGGAAAUCGUUUUCUCGGACUUCUAUCUUAAAAACACACGAACGCGUUCAUACUGGAGAGAAACCAUUUCAUUGUAAAAUAUGUGGGAAGGCGUUUGCUGACUCUGCUAACUUAAAAACACACGAACGCAUUCAUACAGGAGAGAAACCAUUUCACUGUAAAACAUGUGGGAAGGCAUUUGCUGACUCUGCUAACUUAAAAACACACGAACGCAUUCAUACAGGAGAGAAACCAUUUCACUGUAAAACAUGUGGGAAAUCGUUUUCUCGGACUUCUAUCUUAAAAACACACGAACGCGUUCAUACUGGAGAGAAACCAUUUCACUGUAAAACAUGUGGGAAAUCGUUUUCUCGGACUUCUAUCUUAAAAACACACGAACGCGUUCAUACAGGAGAGAAACCAUUUCACUGUAAAACAUGUGGGAAAUCGUUUUCUCGGACUUCUAUCUUAAAAACACACGAACGCGUUCAUACUGGAGAGAAACCAUUUCAUUGUAAAAUAUGUGGGAAGGCGUUUGCUGACUCUGCUAACUUAAAAACACACGAAAGAAGACACAUAGAGGAUGAGAAACGAUUGCAAUGA